CUGUGCUGUGCACCUUGUUGUCCUUUUAUCUGUUUUUGAGCCUAAGUCAGGAAAUCAUACAGGUAUAUUAUAUGUGCCGUUAUAUGAUAUCACGUCAUGUGAAUAUCUAGGUGAGUUGAUCGUUUACGACAGAGACGCAAGUUGACUUAUUGUCACAGUGAAAACGUCGCACUUCGUGGAAUCUUCCAAAGCGCUGUACAGGAAGUCCAGCAAUACAGCAGCUCUCAAGGCUACCCUCCAUUCCGUCAAUGGUGUGAACGUUUCAUUAAAUCCUACCAUGAUCCGCCCUGCUGGGAAAAUGCGGAUGAAUCAAAAACUAAAAUUAUGGUGACAAGCGGUGCCGCAGAGGCGUAUACUAAAGUCCUUGAAAUGUGUGUCAAAGAGGGCGACAAGGUACUGGUAGAAAUUCCGACGUUCUCCAGCGCCAUAGAUAAUCUCCUCACGCUCGGUGCUGAGCCGCUAGGGGUUCAAGGAGACGACCAUGGCAUGAUUCCCGGCGAGCUGCGAAACAUCAUGUCAAAAUGGAGACCCGAGGACGCAGACAAUCCUCAUUCUGACGUCCCUAAACUGAUGUACGUCAUUCCUUCCAGCAGUAACCCUUCUGGCGCCACAUUGCCCCUCGAGAGAAAACGAGAAAUCUACGAGAUUGCCCGAGAGUACAACCUCCUCAUUAUUGAGGAUGAUCCAUAUUAUUUUCUUCAGUUUGGAAGCCGUCUGGAGCCCAGUUUCCUUUCCAUCGAUACAGAUGGCAGGGUGCUGAGGGCCGAUUCCUUCUCAAAAUGUAUGACGGCCGGGUUACGUCUCGGCAUCUUAAGUGGUCCCGAUUUACUAGUUUCAAAGGUUCAAUCCCACGUGGGUUUCUCGCAGGAACACAGCAACAACCUCGCUCAGGCGGUGCUUCACAAAAUCUUUGAGGCUUGGGGAGAGCAGGGCACAAAGAAGCGAUGGCGGGAGGUCUCCGCACUGUACGAACGCCAGAAAAACGCCAUGGUGUCGUCUGCAAAGAAGUGGUUGACUGGAUUGGCGGAGUUUGUGGAGCCUCAAGGAGGGAUGUACUUAUGGAUAAGACUGACGACAAUCCCAGACAGCAGAAAGCUGAUAGAAGAGAAAGCACUGGCUCACAAUAUUGCUAUGGCUCCUGGAUGCAUAUUUUCGCCCAAUCGUGACGUCCCGAGUCCUUAUCUGCGGGCUAGCUAUUCGACCAUUUCUGUUGAUCAGAUUGAUGUUGCCAUGCAACGGUUGGCAGAAGUCAUCAAAGAAGAAAUGGCAUGCAAAUCCUAAGAGUUUCUUCAAAUAAGUAAAAACCCAGUAAGUUCUUACAGAGUCCAAGAUUUAAUUUUCUUAAGUGUCAGAUAUUGUGGACAGUUGUUGUCGUGUUUUGCAAGACAGCCACAGAAAUAACAUUUAGUCUUAGUUGAUUGGUGAAUCCAACAACCAAAAAUAAUCUUCUUCGGCGUGGAUAACAGCUGCAAACUGGAUUUUGUGAACUGCCCAAGUAUGAUGCCAUAAAAAUACUUUUAGAUAUUUCAUUUAAGGAGACGCUAACGAGUGCUCAGGGACAUUACCUCCAAUAAAGAAACAUUAAAUAGCUGACUGACAAAUAAAAAUGGGACAUUUUAUAAUUUUUAAAGAUAAAGAAAAUAAGAAAAUGCGUGAUAAGUACUGAAAUAUUUAAAUACCCUAGCAUUUGUAUGGGCAUUGGGUGAUGGAUAAACGACCAAAAUCUCCAAAACGGCGUCCUUGUCACUAUAUAUUUGUCUGAUUAAGAAUUCGACAACGUCAGCAAAUCGAAAGCACGUGUAGUAUAUUUAUAUAAUAAUUUAUUUUUACGUUUAACCUUUAAUCAAUAAGACAAUCGAUUAGAUGGAAAUGUAUCACAAUUUACUUUAAUAUCAAAUAAAACUAAUGAUUAACGGGGACAUUGCAGGUUCAUAGGUGCGGUAUAUAUGAUUGAGGCUUGGUAAACUUUAUUCAUGUUAAUUAUAUGUAUAAAAAAAUUAAACUUGGCUUCGUGAUAAAUCCUGUUAACUGACUUUUUAUGGGCCAUCACCACUGUCCCCGACAUGGACAAAGUCAAACCAUUUGAAAUCGGAGCAAGGGCGAGUUGGAGCUACAUGUAGGAAGUUAUAGCGACACGUUACUGGCGAGUUUAAACAGCACAGAUCACAACCUUGUUUAUGUUAAAUAUAUGUUCUCUUAAAGAGAUUGCUUAUAAGUUGAGCAAGUAGGAAUUGAAUCAAAUGUUCAGUUCACCUUGUUAUUGU